AUGGGCGCCGAAUUCACCUUCCAGGAUGUUGCCGAGCACAACACCAAGAACGACCUCUACAUGGUCGUGCAUGACAAGGUCUACGACUGCACCAACGGCGGCGAGGAGGUCAUGCUUGACGUCGGCGGCCAGGACGCCACCGAGGCUUUCGAGGACGUGGGUCACAGCGACGAGGCGCGCGACACGCUUGCGCAGCUCGAGGUCGGCACCCUGAAGAGGCUGGCCGGCGACCCUGCCCCCAACAAGCCCGCCGCCAGCACCUCCAGCUCCAGCAACAACGCCGACACCUCUGGCAUCGGCAUCGGCCUGUACGCCGUCCUCCUCGUCGGCGGCGCCGUCGCCUACGGCGCGUACCAGUACCUGCAGCAGCAGCAGCAGCAGCAGCCCUCGGCUUAA